AAUAAAAUAAAAUUAGAAACUAAUCAAGAAAUCGAAGAGAACAGCCAUGGAAGGUAGCAACAACAAUAAUACCAACAGCGAAGAAUUUGCAGUGGGCUGCUUGCUAUGUAUCACGACCACAUUAGGCGACGAAUUCGAAGGUCAAGUCAUAACAUUUGACCGCCUCUCCAACAUCCUCGUACUUCAAGAGGGAUCAAAGCAUGGGGCUAAGAGAAAUAUAAGGUUUUUGAAAGCUAAUUAUAUUAAGGAUUUUUCAUUUCUUGGUCAAGCUGAAGAUCCUCUUGAUGUUAGCAAGUGUUAUAUUGAUCUUAAUAGUCUUCAAGCUCGCGAGGAUUUGGCUUUGAGGCAAGCGGAGGCGGAGGCUGAGAGAUUUGGAAUAGGUGUUACUGCUGAGGCACAGCAUAUCUAUGAUGCCUUGUCUAAAACGCUUCCGGUACGCUGGGACAAGACUGUUAUAGUAGUUAUGAAUGAAGUGCGCGUUAACAGUCCCUAUCUCGCUGAAUGUGUAAGCGGAGGAACUCCUGCUGCGAAUGAAAGAGUGAAGAAAGUGCUCGAGUUUGAGAGGAAGAGGUUGCAUGUUCGUGGUACCGGUCAGUGAUGAGCACACAUCUUAUUACUGUUGGGAAUCAAACCCUGGAAGAAUGCAUGUCGGUUUAUAGCUUGCACAAGCUCAGUACAAUCUCAACUGAGCAAACCAAAUAGCCAUGCUUGGAAGAUUGCAAGUUGCGCUGGUGAGGUAAUAUGGUUUUCGCCAUAGCCGUAUUUUCUAGCUAUGCUCAUUAUGCUGCCUGUGGCAUUUUCGAUUUUGGCGACUGUUUCAGUGGAGCAGAACUUUAUCCAGGUUUUAAUAGCUAUUGCAAAUUAGCAGUUUCUUGUUGAGUUCUCAUUUGUUCUAAACUAAGUUAUCUCUAUUAAAAACAAGUGUCCAUCUAAAAUUCAUCCUUGAAAUAUUCCCAAAUUAGUUUGAGUUUUUCUUAUUUCCAUGGAGAA